GUUGCCGACCACAAGCACCAAAGCAGAGGGGCAGGCAGCACACAGCCCGGCAGCCAGAGUACCAGUCCGGCGACGGUCCCUGAGAUGAGCGAACGCCAAGUGAUCCAAGCGUCCGAGCUCGCCUUCCUCCUGGAAAACUGCAGCUCCUCCUAUGACUACGGGGAGAACGAGAGCGAGUCCUGCUGCCCGUCCCCGCCGUGCCCGCAGGACUUCAGCUUGAGCUUCGACCGCACCUUCCAGCCGGCCCUGUACGGCCUCCUCUUCGUGCUGGGGCUGCUGGGCAACGGCGCUGUGGCGGCCGUGCUGCUGAGCCAGCGGGCAGCCCGGAGCACCACCGACACCUUCCUGCUCCACCUGGCCGCGGCCGACAUACUGCUCGUGCUGACCCUGCCCCUGUGGGCGGUGGACGCCGCCAUCCAGUGGGUCUUCGGGUCUGGCCUCUGCAAGGUGGCCGGGGCCCUCUUCAACAUCAACUUCUACGCCGGGGCCCUCCUGCUGGCCUGCAUCAGCUUUGACCGCUACCUGAGCAUCGUGCACGCCACCCAGCUGUACCGCCGGGGGCCCCCGGGCCGCGUGACCGUCACCUGCGUGGUCGUCUGGGGGCUCUGCCUCUUCUUCGCCAUCCCCGACUUCAUCUUCCUGUCGGCCCACCGCGACGAGCGCCUCAACGCCACCCACUGUCAGUACGACUUCCCGCAGGUGGGCCGCACGGCCCUGCGCGUCCUGCAGCUGGUCGCCGGCUUCCUGCUGCCCUUGCUGGUCAUGGCCUACUGCUACGCCCGCAUCCUGGCUGUGCUGCUCGUCUCCAGGGGCCAGCGACGGCUGCGCGCCAUGCGGCUGGUCGUGGCGGUCGUGGCGGCCUUUGCCCUCUGCUGGACCCCCUACCACCUGGUGGUGCUGCUGGACACCCUCAUGGACCUGGGGGCCUUGAGCCGCAACUGUGGCCGGGAGAGCCGCGUGGACGUGGCCAAGUCGGUCACGGCCGGCCUGGGCUACAUGCACUGCUGCCUCAACCCGCUGCUCUACGCCUUUGUGGGCGUCAAGUUCCGAGAGCGCAUGUGGGGGCUGCUCGCGCGCCUGGGCCGGCCCGGCCAGAGAGGGCACCAGCGGCCGCCGUCGUCCUCCCGCCGGGAGUCGUCCUGGUCCGAGACCACGGAGGCCUCCUACUCGGGCUUGUGAGGCCGGACAGGGGCUCUCCUUUCGCCCCGCGGCCCCGACCACCCCCACACCCCAGGCUCCUCCCUCCCUCCCUCCCUCGCCCCGUAGCCUCACGCCCCACGCG